AGCUUCUCUUCACUUCUCUGGUAAGUGUUGUCGACAACGUAAUAAACUCUAAUUAUUGUUCUCAGAUCGCAUUCCCACAAAUUACUUCGUCCACAAUCUUGAUUUCACGCUCACCUUCGCAUCACCUAACAAAUUUGAAACGUUAGGGAUUGAAAUUGAGUUCUUCUGAGCAAAAUUUGUUCUUAUCACCGACACAACAGAAAUGGUUUAUCACUCUAGUUUUGUGAAUGAAGAUGGAGUGGAUAGAGCUUGUGGGUGCCCUCUUCUUCCUCUGAAGAGCCACAUUAAGGGACCUGCUCCUGUUUCAGAUCAAGACACAACUGAUAUCGUGGAUGAAGCCAUCACCUUCUUUAGGGCCAAUGUGUUCUUCAGAAACUUUGACAUUAAGAGUCCCGCGGAUAAGCUUCUCAUAUACUUGACCUUUUACAUCAACGUUGCUCUCAAGAGGCUUGAAGGUUGCAGGACCUUGGCUGAAGGAACCAAGGCAAUCAUCAACUUGGGCCUCGAAAAGGUUCCUGUCCCCGGCGAGUCUGGCUUUCCAUUUCCUGGCCUUUUCCCCCUUCCUCAAUCACAAAAGGAAACAGAAUUAUUCAGAAAUUAUUUGAAGCAGAUAAGGGAAGAAACAAGUGGGAGGUUAUUGAGCGUUGCAUACAGACCUAAUGGCACUCCAAAUAAAUGGUGGUUGGCAUUUGCAAAGAGGAAAUUUAUGAAUAUAAUCAUCCCUUGAAGUGUUGUGGAGAACAUGCAAUUCUUGAACCAUAGAUUAUAUUGUGAAAAAUACACUAAAACAUUGUUGAUCUGCCAAUAAUGAAAAUAUUACAUGAUUAGAAACAAUUUUUUUUAUUUA